UGAAGAGAGUCUUUCAGGGGGGGAUGAGGCGCUGGAUGAAACAAGGGGAGUGCUCUUGUCCACUUUAAAUCCAUUCGAGGUUUGUUGUCAUGCAGCGCUCACUGGCUAGAGGAGAGUGUCCUUGAGAGAGGAGGAGCAACCGGACAUCCGAUAAGGAACUACGAGCUCCAUUGUACAGGGACUUGAAGCCUGUUUUCCAAGAUGACUGCGCUCAGGCAGAGGAAGGGCAGCAAAGGAAAGGAGACAGGGCCCAGCAUUCACAACCUAAAGCCAGAGUGUAUAGCUGAACCCACAGAGAGGUUCGCAGCAGGUGGUUUCUCAUGGUGGGCAAUAUUGUGUCUAAUCACUGGCUUAAUAGUGGGAGUUAGUCUAGGCCUGCUGUGCUGCAUCUAUGUGGCUACACUUCAUGAAAAUGACCUGUGGUUCUCAAAUAUAAAGGAAGUUGAGCGUGAAAUCUCUUUCCGGACCGAAUGUGGCCUUUAUUACUCCUACUACAAACAGAUGUUGAAGGCCCCUUCUAUUCAGCAAGGUCUGUAUGAGCUUAUCCAUGACAACACUACUGAAUCCAAGAGGACAAUAAACAUUCUACAGCGCAUGAAUAUCUACCAAGAAGUGUUCCUUAGUAUUUUGUACAAAAUACUGCCCAUCCAGACCUACUUGGAGCCAAUUUAUUUCUAUAUCUACACAGUGUUUGCUUUGCAGGCUGUGUAUGUCAUCGCCCUCUUUAUCACUAGCUGGUUACUCAGUGACUCCUGGCUGGCUGGUGCCCUCACUGGUGUCUGGUAUAUUCUCAACAGAGUGGACACCACACGUGUGGAGUUUACCAUCUCGUUAAGGGAGAACUGGUCUUUACCUUUCUUCGCUCUUCAGGUGGCAGCCAUAACCUGCUAUCUGAGGCCUCAUCUAAAACCUAUUCACCAGAGGAUGGUUCUGUGGCUGGUGUUCAUCUCAACCUUCUGUUUCUGUUUGACAUGGCAAUUCAAUCAGUUUGUCCUUCUGGUUCAAGCACUUAUAAUCUUUACUUUGGACUGCCUGGACUUCUUAACAGCGGCGCAGGUGGUUUCUCUGUACCUCGUGCAGGUGUUGAGUCUGUUAUUGGUGUGGUUACUGCAGUUCUGUAAUUCCAUGAUUCUGGGCUCUCUGGUGCUCAGCUUCACUGUGUCAGCUCUCUUCAUCAAAAACUUCCAGACAAGGCUAAAGACAGGCAGCUUUGUUACACGAGUAGGAAAACUGGCUCUUCACACACUCCUAGUCCUCAUAUUAACUUUCAUCAUCAAUUAUUCAGUCAAGCGAAUACUGCAGCUGAAAUCGGACGAGCACAUCUUCAAGUUCAUAAAGGCCAAGUUUGGCUUCGGGGCAACGAGAGACUUUGAUGCCAGUCUCUAUCUGUGUGAGGAGGCCUUUGGCUUGUUGCCAUUGGAUACAUUUGAGCGGUUGGCUGGCACGGUGCUGCUCUAUCCGUAUCUGUGCACCCUCAGCGUGCUCUUCAUUUUACUGCUGCUGGUGGCGCUCUCUAAUCUCAGUGUGAGUGGGUCAAGACAAUCAAGCAGUGAGAGAGAGGAGAGGACCUUUAGGAUGCGGCCAGAUAUUGCUUACAAUUUAUUGCACACCGUCUUCUUUGGCCUGCUCGCCUUUUCUACUAUGAGGAUGAAAUAUUUGUGGACGGGCCACAUGUGUGCAUUUGCUGCCUUUGGGGUAUGUGGCAAAGAAGUGUGGACGCUGUAUCUGAGAGUCCUCCACUGCAACACUAAAACCACGAUGAGACUGAUCAGGUACUCUGUACCAAUUGUAAUUCUGGCGUUUCUUUAUUACAAGUUCUGGCCCAGACUGAUGGAAGAGAUUUCUGAGCUGAGAGAGUUUUAUGACCCAGAGACUGUGGAGCUAAUGGAGUGGAUUAGAUUGAAGACGCCCAAGCAGGCAGUGUUUGCUGGCAGUAUGCAGCUGUUGGCAGGAAUUAAGCUGUGUACAGGAAGAGUAUUGACAAACCAUCCACACUAUGAGGACCAGGCGCUGAGGGAGAGGACCAGACAGGUAUACCAGAUCUAUGCUCGUCAGUCUGCUGAGGAGGUUCAUAAAGUGCUCAGUUCGGUUGGAGCGGACUACAUUGUAUUGGAAGACAGCAUCUGCUACGAGCGCAGGCACAGCCGUGGUUGCAGGCUGAGGGACCUGCUCGAUCUGGCAAACGGACAUAUCAUGGACAGCUCUGGGGAGAAUGACCCGGACCUGGUCCCAGCAUCUCACCCGCGAUUUUGUGAGGCCAUUAAGACUGAUGUGCCUCCGUAUUCGACCCUCUUCACUCGAGUGUUCAAAAACAAGACCUUUCACACGUACAAGCUAAAGAAACUCAAGAAGAAAAAAAAGGCAGAUCCGUAGUGCAGACUCUCACACUCGUUUCUUAUCAGCAGUCGCCCACCUCACUGGAUAUCUGAACGUCCCAUCUGAAAUGUUCAAUAAGUGUGUGAUAGUAGCAGGCGUGUGUGUGUGUGUGUGUGUGUGCGUGCGUGCGUGCGUGCGUGUGCACGUGCGAAUGAGAGAGUUUGAAAAGAUGCCUGAUUGAGCCAGCAUGCACAAGUUGAUUUGGUGCAUGUUUGUGUGUGUAAAUCUUGCUUGGAGCCAGUCUGCCGCAACAUUAGUUCGUUUAGCAUGGAGAGCGCAGAAGAAAAUCUCUUUUUCUCACACUACGUAACACCAUCUCUAUCUCUCUCUCUCUCUCUGAUCAUUGUAUCUCACUCUCUCAACAUGUGCCCUUCAACCAAACACAAGUUUGCGAACAUUCUCACACAUACACUUUUUAAAGAAAAUGUGAGAAGCUACGCAACUGCUUUCACAACCUAAUUUCUUUCUCGCACAUCCAGCCAAAUAAAGAAAUAGAAACAGGGAAAAGUAAUUGUAAUUCACAAGAGCAGUUUGGGGGUCCCACUUUAUAUUAGGUGUCUAUAAUUGCUAUGUAUUAACAUUAAAAAACUUAGGUAACACUUUAUUUUACAAUGUGCUUGUUAUAUAUAUAUUACAUGUACUGACUAUAGUAAUAACAGUAAACAUAGUUAAAGCAACUAACCCUAAACCAAACCCUAACCUAGAGAAAGUACAGGUUAAAGUGUAAUUAAACAAGUACUGAGUAAUAUUCAUUAACAACAAGUACACUGUAAAAUAAAGUGUAACCAAUACUUACAUAAAAUGUACUUUGUAAUUACAUGUUGUAAUGCAAAAUGAUCACAAAAUUCAAAUUUUCUUCUUGGCAUUUUCGGCAUGGGUAGGGUUGGGGGUAAGGGAUGGAGUACAGUUAGGUUUAGAUUAGUGUUAGGAUUUAGGAUUAGGUUAAAAGUGUAACUAAAGAUGUAUUUAAAUGCAGGUACUUUAAAUGUAAGUGCAAUGCAACAACACGUAUUUACAUAUUGAGUACAUUUUAAUAAAGUACACAACCCCUGGUGGUGUCAAGAGUCACGAGUUUGAAUCCAGGGUGUGCUGAGUGACUCCAGUCAGGUCUCUUAAGCAACCAAUUGGCCCGGUUGCUAGGGAGGGUAUUCACAUGGGGUAACCUCCACUUGGUCGCGAUUAGUGGUUCUCACUCUCAAUGGAUCGCGGAGUGUAGCAGGAGCCUCCACGUGCGGAGUCUCCUUGGUGUCGUGCACAAUGAGCCACGUGAUGAGAUGUGAGGAUUGACUGUCUCAGAAGCGGAGGCAACCGAGAGUUGUCUUCCACCACCCAGAUUGAGUUGAGUAAACGUGCCACCACAAGGACCUACUAAGUAGUGGGAAUUGGGUAUUCCAAAUUGGGGAGAAAAGUGGAUUAAUAAUAAAUAAAUAUAUAAAAAAUGCUUAAGUCCAUUGUAGUUAAAGAUACAUAAUAUAAAGUUGGUCUGUUUGGGGUAAUUAGUGUCUGUGGCAGUGUUGUCUUGUCUUUUUAUUUUUUCUCUUCUCCCCUUAUCUCCCCAAUUUCCAAUGCACUCUAAGUCCUCGUGGUGGCAUAGUGACUCGCCUCAAUCCGGGUGGCGGAGGACAAAUCUCAAUUGCGUCUGAGACAGUCAAUCCACGCAUCUUAUCACAUGUUGAGCGCAUUACCACAGAUACAUAGCAUAUGUGGAGGCUUCAUGCUAUUCUCUGCGGCAUCCACGCAGAACUCACAACACGCCCCACCAAGAGCGAGAACCACAUUAUAGCGAGCAGGUUACCCCAUGUGACUUUACCCUCCCAUGCAACCAGGCCAACAUGGUUGCUAAGGAGUCCUGGCUGGAGUCACUCAAACUUGCGACGCCAGGCAUGAUAGUCAGCAUCUUUACUCUCUGAGCUACCCAGGCCCCCCAGUGUUGUCUUAUCUUAACGUUUGUCAAAGUUGUGAUCAGUUUCAACAAAGUUGGUCUUUUAAAUCCAGUGUACCUCCAGCUGUCUGGCUCCUUUUAAAGAGAACACAAACUCAUACAUCCAUACAUAAAAAGAUGCUGUUUUUGGUCCCUCUAACAAUGACAACUCUGACGAAUCAAACUAUUAAUGGGUGCUGAGAAAGUGCCAUAUACAUUCACAUUGUAAGAAUAAACUCAUACCACUGUGGAUAUCAUUGCUUGUUCAGUCGACUAAUUAUUAGCAACGUAAAUACACCUGCCACAUUUUUGUUAGUGGCAGAGAAAUAACAGCUAAACUUAUUUUGUCAUUUGUUCUCUAAUAAAGUGGGACUUUGUUUUGUGUUUUAGGUCAAGUGACACUAAUUUAGGUCAGUUUUUAGGAUGAUAAAUAGUUGCAAAUGUUCGUAAAGAUGAAAGAUACAUAUCCCAAUGCAUUUCUUUUUCCUUCUUUUAGAAAUAGUUUUUCAAUGUAAAUGCAGAUUUUUGCUUUUUGAAGAAUGACUUUUUAGAUCAGGGUAAACCAUAUUUAUUGAAUGGUCAAUCGGCGUUUAAUAUGAUCCAUAUUUUUUCAUCCCAAGAGAUGGUGUUUUGUGUAUGAAAGUGCCUUGCCAUUUUCACUAAAACACGUCCAUUGAGCUGCUGAGCCAACGAGUCAUCAUUUGAAAAGACCUUCUGAGUGGCUUCAAGUGCUACCGAAAUGUACCUAUCUUUGUAAAGUGAUUCAGAUUUCCCAGAUUCUCAACCCAGAGCACCUCUGUACAGUGUUAAGCAUGGUAUUUCCUUUCCUGACAAUUCAGUUUGUAGCAGUGGGGCUCCUCUGUGACAUUCUGUGAUUGUGUGGCGUGAUACAGCUUUUGUUACGAAUUACCCGUCGAACGGUGAUGUGUCACAACACAUCACAACACUUGGCAGAUGAUCUUUAUGAAACAUUGGCUUUAAUUUAAUGUGCUGAUACAGUGGCAAGAAAAAGUAUGUGAACCCUUUGGAAUUAGCUGGUUUUCUGCAUUGUCAUAAAAUGUGAUCUCAUCUUCAUCUUUGGCAGCAGUAACCUCAACCAAGUGUUUCCGGUAGCUGCAGAUUAGUCCGGCACAAUGUUCAGAAGGAAUUCUGGACUAUUUUUCCAUACAGAACUGCUUCAGCAAAGCCAUAAUAUUAGGAUGUCUGGUGUGAACCACUCUCUUGAGGUAAUUCCAUAGCAUCUCUAUUGGGUUAAAGGAAUGUUCUGGGUUCAAUACAAGUUAAGCUCAGUCGGCAGCAUUUGUGGCAUAAUGUUGAUAAGCACAUAAAAUUUAUUUGAACAAACUUUUCUUUAAAAAAAGCAAACAUCGAGGUUCCAGUGAGGCACUUAUAAUGGAAGUGAAUGGGGACCAAUUUUAAAAUGCUCAGUUUCAAAAUUAUAGCCACAAGACAUAAAGUAUAUGUGUAAAUAUGAUUUUAGUGUGAUGAAUUCUUACAAACCUUUUCUGUGUAAAGCUAUAGACAAUUUUACAACUUUGUUACCAGGACAGUGUAAUGUCAACAAACUCUAAAAUGACUGUAAAAAAAUAGAUUUAAACUAUUUUACUUCUCAAAUAAUGCACGUUUUAUCAGAAUUAACACAAGUUCUUUUGCCAAAUUGUACGUUUCAAAUUUCUGCUUCAAUCCUCCAAAAAUUGGUCACAUUCACUUUCAUUGUCUCCAUUCACUUCCAUUGUAAGUGCCUCACUGUAACAAAGCUUGUUUCUUCUUGUCUUUAAAAAACAAAAAAACAAAAAAAAAAUGUCAAAAUAAAUGUUUGUGGUAAUCAACAUUAUACCACAAAUGCUGUCGAUUUAGCUAAACUUGUAUUGAACCUGGAACAUUCCUUUAAGGUCUGGGCUCUUACUUGGUCACUCCAAGAGGUGGAAUUUAUUUUAUUUUUAUUUUUAUUUUUUUUAAGCCAUUCUGUAGUGUACUUCGAUGUUUAGGUUCAUUGUCCUGCUGCGUCACCCAACUUCAACUGAGCUUCAGCUGGUGCACAGCCACCAUGACAUUAUCCUGUAGGAUAUCUUGAUAAAGUUUGGAAUAAAUUUUUUCCUCAAUGAUGCCAAAUGCUCCAGGCCCCAAAGCAGCCCCAAAUUAUGAUGCUCCCUCCACCGUAUCUAACCGAUGGGAUGAAGUUUUAAUGUUCGUAUGCAGUGCCAUUUUAUACGUAGUGCUGCAUGUUCUUCCCAAACAAUUCAACCUAAGUUUCAUCAGUCCAAACACAUUAUCAUAAAUGCGUUGUGGAGUGUCAUCAAUGAAAUUGUUGGAAAGCAGUAGCUUUUUUCAUGGUGUCCUGCUAUGGAAAUCAUGCCUGUUUUCCAUAUAGUAGACACGAAAGAAUCAUUGGAACUGUUUAACAUCUCUGUUUAAGACUUUUUAUGUCACACUUUUUUACCUCAUUGUGCAUUCUGCAGUGUGCCCUUUAUGAGUAAUCUUGGCUGGACAGCCACUUCUAGGGAGACUAGCCACAGUACUAAAUCAUCUCCAUUUAAAGAUGAUUUGGCUAACUGUGGACAGAUUAAUGUUGAAGCUCUUCGAGAACUUUGUAACCCUUUCCAGCUCUAUGCAAAGCAGCAAUUCUUGAUCGUAGGUCUUCUGAGAUCUCUGUUUUGUGAGGCAUGGUCCAUGGCAGAAGAUGUUUCUUGUGAAUAGCAAACUCAAAAUGUUUGAGUGCUUUAUAUAAGUCAAAUUAGCUCUAACCCACAGCUCCAAUCUUGUUUCAUUAAUUGGAUGCCAGGUUUGCCAACUACUGACUAUAAUUAGCUUUUGUUUAUGUCAUUAGCCACAUCCACUGUUAAUGUUUGAAAGAAGUAUUCAGUAUGUACAAGAACAAUACAAUAAUUUGUGUAUUAUUAGUUAAAACAGACUGUGUUUGUUCAUUAUUGUAACUUAGAUGAUCAAAACAGAUGUUAAGACAUUUAUACAUAAAUGCAUUUAAUUCCAAAGGGUACACAUGCUUUUUCUUGCCGCUGUAUUGUUUAAAUGUAAGAAUUUAUUUGUACAGUUUAUUUUUGCUGUCACAUUGCACUAGUUUGAACUGUGGUAUUUCACUGAUUGUUUGAAAUGUUGAUUUGUCCUUUAACACCAUAUUCAGUGUAUGUUCUGUGUAUGUUUUCCAUAUUUGUAAUAAAAGCAUAUUUGUAUG